CUCCCCUGCCCUCCCCUUUUGCGGCAACACAAGAUUUCCGCUUUACUCGCCGCGCGCGUACAAGUACAUGCGAUCCGGCCCGGCACGUGUGUCGUGUGGUAUCCGGCCUCCGUGCCGUAUCCAGAUCCUGUGGAUCCCUGCACAGCUGCACUAGGAUCUCCCGCGCUGCACUACCUUCUGUAUUUUCCCCGUCGCCCUCACCCUCGUUCACCCUUGGCCCUGCAUAUAAACGCACCACCCUGGCUGGCCCCUUCUUGAUUGUGACGACCCACGGGAGACGAGAGAGAUACUACUACAGACUUGCGCGCGUAUCUUUCUUUCUAUCCUAGCGAUCGACACGAAGCUUUCGAGAUGUCGAGCGUCGCCGGAGGCGUGGUUGGGAGGACGGCCGUGUUUUCGGCGGCCGGCGGCGGCGCACCUCUUCACGUUCUCGCGGUGGACGAUAGCUCCGUCGACCGCGCCGUCAUCUCCGGCAUCCUUCGCAGCUCUCGGUUCCGUGUGACGGCCGUGGAUAGCGGGAAGAGGGCCCUGGAGCUGCUAGGAUCGGAGCCCAAUGUGAGCAUGAUAAUUACGGAUUACUGGAUGCCGGAGAUGACGGGAUACGAGCUCCUAAAGAAGGUCAAGGAGUCAUCCACGCUGAAGCAGAUCCCCGUGGUGAUCAUGUCCUCGGAGAACGUGCCGACAAGGAUCAGCAGAUGCUUGGAGGAAGGCGCAGAGGAUUUCCUGAUGAAGCCCGUCCGGCCGUCCGACGUGUCGCGGGUGUUCAACCGGGUGCUCCCAUGAGAAGAGGCGGCGGGGGCGGCAUUGGUGGGGCUGCGGUGAAACCAUUCGUUCACGCGUGCUUCCUUUUUGGUCACCUUUUGUCAUGUUUAAACAGAGAAGAUCUCGAGUGAACUGCGAACAGUAGGUGUACUUCGUUUCUGGUUUUAGUGUCUUUCAGCUGGUCCAAAAGCAGUAGUAGUUCUCAGGCAAUUUGUUGGGUGGUGUGGCCUGUUCAUUACUUGUUUUUUUUCGAAUUAAGAUUACUUUACUUGUUUGUUUUUGGUUAGAGGAAAUUGAAGGCCUUAACAACAGAGUUCAUGAUCUCCUUAUACACAACGCGAGGGAGUUCCGUUUCCUCUCUCUCGCUCGAGGCGAUACGCGAGGCAGUUCCUACGCCGGCACAGCCGCUGGCUCCAGCGGCGGCAGUAGGGUUGGGGAGCCCCGGUUCUUUUUGGACCCCGAUAAAAUCUGAACGUUCGGAUUUUAAGCAUUUCAC